UGGGAUGUAUCUCAUGGUUGAGGAUGUGCAUGGGCAUGAGGGUGAUGUGGGAUCUGUGGGAAAGGUUGUGAUGCACCCUCUCACGCACUGGGUGAUUGAUUCGGGUUGCACCAGUCACAUGACUCCACGGGCAGAUUUGCUUGAUGAGGUAAAACCCCCUGGGAAGAUUAAGUAUGUGGCAGCAGCGUCAGGUGCUUUGCUCCCCGUGAUUGGUGUUGGGAAUGCCAAGGUUAAGGGAGCUAAUGGGGAGCUUGUGGGGCUUGGGAAUGUUCUGCUGGUUAAAGGCUUGUCUGCUAACCUUCUCUCUGUGCGGCGACUGCAGAAGAGUAAGGCCGAAGUGACCUUUGGACCAACCAACUGCCGUGCUAAGCUUGGGAAGAAGGUGCUGUGGAGUCUGGAAGAGGAGACCAGCUGCAUCAAGGACCUGUGGCAGCUGCCCAUCAUCCCUUGGAAUGGGAAGACUCCAACAGCAGCAACGGCAGCAGCGGCAAAGGCAACAGCAGGAGGAGAUGCAACUGCACCAACUGAUGGGGUCCUGGAAGCAGUCAAGAAAGUGCAGAAGCAGCAGACACAUGGUGAGGUGCUUGCUGGUGUGGAUGCGAGUGCGGCAUGGGCUAAGGCUUCAUCAAAGAGUGGAGAGGCCGAUUGGGAGACAUGGCAUGAGAGGCUGUAUCAUGUGAACUUCCCUAUGCUGCAAAAGUUGGUGAAGGAUGGGAGCCUGAAGGGCUUGGAGGUGAAAGGGGGAGUGAAGGAGAUUGGGAGCUGCCCUACAUGCUUGGAGACCAAGUUCUCCAAGUUCCCCUUCAACAGCACUACAGGACCAGCCAAGACCCCACUUGCACUUGUGCACAUGGAUGUGGUGGGGCCCACCAGAGCCCCUUCCCUCUCAGGCAGCCGCUAUUUCUUGACAAUUGUGGAUGACCACACUCGGGCAGUGUGGGUUUACCCUUUGAAGAGCAAGGGGGAGGUGGCAGCGGCUGUCCUUAAGGAGUGGAUGCCUAGAGCUCAGAGGGAAUGCGGACACAAGGUGAAGGUGAUCCGCAGUGACAAUGGUGGGGAGUUCAUUGGAGCUGAUUUUGAGGGGGAGUUGAAGAGGAAGGGGAUCCAACAUCAACUAACAGUGCCCUACAACCCACAGCAGAAUGGCGUGGCUAAGAGGUUCAACAGGACCCUGCAGGAGGGGGCACGCACUCUCCUUGGGCGUGCAGGGCUGCCUGAUCCGUUUUGGGUGUCUGCACUGAGGCAGGUCGCCCUUGUGAAGAAUAGGGUGCUGGCUACAGUUGGGGAUAAGGAGUGGAUCCCAUAUACCAAGUGGUAUGGGAGUGCUCCAGCUGUGAAUAUGCUGAGGGCAUUUGGGUGCAUGGUAGUGUUUCAUGUGCCUAAGGAGAAAAGGGGGAAGUUGGAGGCUUCUGGAAGAUGGGGUGUGCACUUGGGGAUUGCAAAGGAUCACAAGGGAUGGCUGCUAUGGGACUUGACCACCCAGAAGCUGACAGUGUCAAGGGAUGUGAAGUUUCUUGAGUCCCUGUACUAUAAGGAAUGGAAGCAGCAGCAACAGAAGCUUCCAUCUACACCACUCAUUGUGGAGGCAGAUGAGUUGCAGCAGCCUUCAAGGCAGGUGGAGGUUGCAGUGUCUGAGGAGGAGAUAUCUGGGGUGACUGAAGAAGGGGGAGCAGCUGAAGUGGAGCAGCAGCAGCAACAUGAGUCUCCACCUCGAGUUCCACACCCGCCUGAGCGACCUAGGAGGGAUGUGCGCUCUCCGGUGAGGCUGACCUAUGGGGGAAGAGGCAAGCCAAAUGUGGUGCAGGCUGGGAGUGUGGUUGAGCAGAUUGAGGAAGAUGAGAUCGCUCACUGCUACUGGGCACCAAUCCCUGAGCCCAAGACUCGAGAGGAGGCCUUGAAUGGACCAAAUGGGGAGAAGUGGAAGGCGAGUGAGGAUGAGGAGUUCGGGUCCCUGAUUGAAAACGAGACAUGGGACCUGUGUGACUUGCCUCCUGGGAAGAAGGCAAUCACUUCCAAGAUGAUCUACAGGCACAAGUAUGGACCUGAAGGGGAGCUGACCCGCUACAAGUCUAGGCUUGUGGCACGGGGGUUUCAGCAGACAAAGGGGAAGGACUAUGAUGAGGUGUUUGCUCCUGUGGGGAAAGGAACAACACUGAGGGUGCUGUUGGCGAUAGCUGCACUCCUGGGAUGGAAGGUACGGCAGAUGGACAUUGUGACUGCCUUUCUGAAUGGGAUCAUUCUGGAGGAGGUGUACAUGAAGCAGCCAGAGGGGCUGGAUGAUGGGAGCGGCAGGGUCUGCAGGCUGAAGAAGGCCAUCUAUGGCCUUAAGCAGGCGCCUCGUGCAUGGUAUCACAAGUUGGAGGAGGCGCUGUUGGCUGGGGGUUUCAAGAAGAGUGAGUGUGACCCCAGCCUGUUCCUGCUGCAGGAGAAGGAUGAAAUCCUCAUGCUCUUGGUGUAUGUGGAUGAUAUCCUUCUCUUUUCUGCAUCCACUGCUUUGCUGGACAGCGCAGAGCAGAUGCUGGAGAUGCAGUUCAAGUGCUCCAAGAUAGGUGAGGUGAAGUACUACAUGGGGAUGCACGUGGAGAGAGAUGUGGAAAAGGGUGUGCUGAGGUUGCACCAGAGGAAGUACUGUGAGGGGCUGGCUGAGAAGUAUGGGCUGCAAGAUGGGGGAAAGCCAGCAACACCACUACCUUCAGGGUUUACUGUGGAGCCAUGUGCUGAUGAGGAGGUAGUGGGUGAUAGUGACAGGAAGCUGUUUCAUUCGAUGGUUGGGUCGCUGAAUUAUGCUGCAAAUCAUACACGGCCUGACAUUGCAUUUUCUACAUCACGGUUGGCUAGUGUGGUCUCACGCCCUAGUCAUGAGCAGCUGGAAGCGGCCAAGAGGCUGGUCCGCUAUGUGAGUGCUACGGCAUCAGUGGGAUUGGAGUACAGUGGAGUGAGGCAGCGGUUGCAGAGAGGUGCUGCAGAUGUGAAGAGUGGAGAGAUGCUCUUGAGUUGCUAUACUGACGCUAGCUUCAACUCAGUGAAAGCGGAUGGCACCAGCAUUGGGGGUUAUGUGUGCUUGCUGGGAGGUGGUGCUGUGAGCUGGCGCAGCAAGAAGCAAAAUGAGGUGGGAUUGUCUUCAUGUGAGACUGAGUACAUGGCCUUACACCAUGGGGCCAAGGAAGUGGUAUGGCUGAGGCGUCUGUUGGAGGAGUUGGGAGUGGUCAGGAGGAGCCGACACGUCACAACUGUUUGUACGUACAUCAUCUCCCAACAUGGCAUUCCAACCACACGCAUCUCCGACCGAGACCCUAAGUUCACCAGCAAGUUCUGGAAGGAACUGAUGUCUCUGCUCGAGAUCAAACUCGCCAUGUCAUCUGCAUACCAUCCUCAGACAGACAGACAAACCGAACGCGUCAACCGAAUCGUAGAGCAACUCCUUUCUCUAGAAAGCUCGGAACCUCCAGAAAAAAUCAAGGGAUUACUGAAGGAGUUCCAAGACAUUCAUCCCAACGACCUUCCGGAUGAACUACCGCCAUACCAAACGCCACCAACACGAGAUCGUGGAGGAACCAGGCUCAAAACCGACCUUCCUAGCACCGUAUCGGCUAAGCCCUACAAAACUAGCCGACAUGAAGAAACAUAUCGAGUAUCUCCUCGCCAAAGGACUCAUCCGACAUCCACUUCACCAUACGGUGCCCCAGUACUCUUCACACCGAAACCGGACGGAAGCCUGCGCAUGUGCAUCGACUACCGGGCUCUCAACAAGCAGACUAUCAAGAACAAGUACCAGAUACCACGAAUCGAUGACCUGCUUGACCAGCUUUGGGGAGCCACGGUAUUUUCAAAACUAGAUUUGCGGUCCGGAUACUGGCAGAUACGAAUGGCGGAUGAUUCUGCUCACAAAACUGCCUUCCGAACUCGGUACGGAUCGUACGAGUAUCUGGUGAUGCCGUUCGGACUCACCAACGCACCUGCAACGUUCCAAGCAGAGAUGAACCACACCCUACGCCCACUCUUGGAUGCGUGCGUAGUGGUGUACUUGGACGACAUCCUCGUCUACUCGCGCGACAUGCAACAACACGUCGAACACCUGCGACGCGUCUUCGAGAUUCUUCGACGAGAACGCUUCUACGUCAAACUAUCCAAGAGCGACUUCGCCCUCGAGAAAGGCCAAUUCCUUGGACAUAUCGUAAGCGCUCAAGGAGUUCACAUCGACCCCAAGAAAAUCGAAGUUGUGCGUACAUGGAAAACACCCGAGAACGUUAAGGAGUUACAGAUCAACGAAGAUCUGGAAAUUCGUCACCUCGUGCCCUACAUGUCAGCGGAUGAAGAGCAGCAAGCAGAAAAAGGCGGGGUCUGCCUACAGCCUCUUCCUGUCCCAAAACAACCAUGGCACGUGAUCAGCCUAGACUUCAUCACCGGGCUACCAACUACCACACGCGGUCAUGAUGCGAUCCUCGUCGUCAUUGACAAGUUCUCCAAAAUGGGACACUUCAUCCCGACACACAUGACAUCACGCACCGAGGAGACGGCACAACUCUUUGUUUGCUACAUCAUUUCACAACAUGGCAUCCCGACCACACUCAUCUCCGACCGAGACCCCAAGUUCACCAGCAAGUUCUGGAAGGAACUUAUGUCUCUGCUCGGGACCCGACUCGCCAUGUCAUCUGCAUACCAUCCGCAGACAGACGGCCAGACUGAGCGUCUUAACCAAAUUGUAGAGCAACUACUCCGAGCAGCAUGCCUAGACAAAAUCUCUAAACGGGACUUGCAUCUGCACGUACUGGAGUUUGCCUACAACAAUGCUACUCACGCCGCUACUGGACAGACGCCGUUCUUCCUCUGUUACAGACGCCACCCACUCACACCUCAACAGCCAAACAUACUAGCCACAAUCUAACACGGUCUUCUCUGGACGCCAACCG